GGGGAGGCUGAUGUGUGUAUUUGCAUGAUAACUGGUGGGAGGUACAGUUUUGUAGGGGGGAGUGUGUGAUAUAGUCAAGGACAUAUAAUGCUGGCAAACACGGUCUCACUAAACUGAACAUAUUAGAUCAUUGUUUCUGCAGGACACAAGUUGUUGUGAGCCUUUUUAAUAAGUCUGAAGGAUGGCUGCUGCCCAUGCUGAGGUGUGUGUUUGGAAUGAACCGUGGCAGCAAGUUUUUCGGGUCUAUGGAGGAUGGGUGUGUAACACACUCAUGGAAGGUUCUUGUGCAGACAGAACUCCUCUCCAUGAUGCAGCUUUGCAGGGCCGGCUACUCUCACUUAAGAAACUACUAUCUCAGGGGAUGCAUGUUGGUGUGGCCACGCUCGAUGGCAUCACUCCCUUACAUGAGGCCUGUCUAGGGGGCCAUUUUGCCUGUGCUAAACUGCUGCUGGAACAUGGAGCUGAUGCUAAUGCUGUGUCUGUCGACGGAGCCACGCCUCUCUUCAAUUCAUGCCUCAGUGGUAACACUGCCCUCCUCCAGGUCCUUCUAAAGCAUAGCUCUGUCCAUCACCCAGCUCAUCUGCGUAAUUCACCCAUCCACGUUGCUGCAAAGCAAGGUCACACAGCUUGUGUGGAGUUGCUGCUGUCUUAUGGGAUGGAUGCUGAUAUGGAGCUGGAUGAAGCAGGCACACCGCUUUACUGUGCAUGUGAAACCAGGAGCACAGAGUGUGUACAGAGGCUUCUGAUCUUGGGUGCUGAUGUGCAGUGUGGGCGUGGCCUUGACACACCACUGCAUGCUGCAGUUCGAGUGGGUGGAUCCAAGGAGGUGGCACUGUUGCUUGAACAUGGGGCUGAUGUGAAAUGUAGGAAUUCAGAAGGCAAGACACCUCUGGACCUGGCUACAGAUAACGGUAUCCAGCAUCUACUGCAGACAGCAGGUCCACGGUCUCUUUCACAAAUGAGCCGGUUGUGCAUUCGUCGUUCCUUAGGCCAAAAAAGACUGAACAGAGCCAGAGUUCUCCAAUUACCACACAUUCUACACAAUUAUAUUCUAUAUCAAUAACAUACAGACACACACUUCAUGUUUACUGCACCAACUACACAGAUUACACAAUUAUUUACACAUGCACACAUCUUUAGGAACUAGCUUUCUGAAUCUGGAAAUAUUUUGCUGUAAAUAAAUUCUUUAUAUUCAACUAA